AUGCCUACCCCGAAGAGCUCCUCUCGGUCGUGCUGCGCGCCACGCUCGACGCGAACCCCAACCUCGACCCGGCGGCUGUUGAAGAGGUCGCCGUCGGCGGUCGUCCUCUCGGAGCUCGGCGGCUCCAAGGCCGCCAAGAUGGCCCUCAACCACGUCGGCUACCCGAGCACGACGACCCUCUACACCGUCAACCGCGCCUGCUCGUCGUCGCUGCAGUCCAUUGCGCUCGUCGCGGCGCAGAUCCGCACCGACGUCAUCUCGGUCGGCAUCGGCGCCGGCAUGGAGAGCAUGACGCGCAACUACGGCAGCAAGGCCAUUCCCGUCGACCUGUGGCCCGCCCUCAAGGCGUCCGACGUCAAGGACGCGCGCGACUGCAUCAUGCCCAUGGGCCUGACGUCGGAGAACGUCGCCGCGCGCUACGGCGUGUCGCGCGCCGACCAGGACGCCUUUGCCGCCGAAAAGCAGGGCAACAAGGUCGGCGACGAGCAGCAGGUGACGGUGACGCAGGACGACGGCAUCCGCGCCGGCGCCUCGGUCGAGGGCCUCGCCAAGCUGAAGCCCGCGUUCACGCCCGACGGCGCCAGCACGGCGGGCAACUCGUCCCAGGUGUCGGACGGCGCGGCGGCGACGCUGCUGAUGCGGCGAAGCACGGCGACGGCGCUGGGCCUCUCGGGCAGCAUUCUCGGCAAGUUUGUCGGCGCCACGACGUCGGGGUGCGCGCCCGACGAGAUGGGCAUCGGACCCGUGCUGGCGAUCCCCAAGAUCCUGGACCAGCUGGGCCUUACGACCGAGGACGUCGACCGGUGGGAGAUCAACGAGGCGUUCGCGAGCCAGGCCAUCCACAGCGUGCGCGCGCUGGGGCUCGAGAAGGCGUGGCAGGACGGCCGUGUCAACCCUGACGGCGGCGCCAUUGCGCUGGGCCACCCGCUCGGUGCGACGGGAGCCAGGAUGACGAGCACGCUGCUGCACGGCCUCGGGAGGACGGGCGGUGAGGUCGGUGUCGUCAGCAUGUGUGUCGGCACGGGCAUGGGCAUGGCGGGCGUGUUUGUGCGGGAGUAA